CAAGAUUUUAAUUUCUUAUAUCCUGACAAGCAAAACAAUCUUGUAGAAAACUUUCCAUUGCAUAAAAGUAAAAUACUUGAACUUGGAAGAAUCCAGUCUAAUAAUUUGAAAGAUAAAUCUUUGAAGAGUAUUAUAGAUGAAUACUUAAACUUAACACCAGAAAAUGAUGAAGCAUCAACUUUGUCUGCAUUUUUGAUAUUGUCUUUCUUAUUUUCUCCAAUUACAACAAAAAGGAAGAGAGGAAAAACUGCUUGGAGGCCUUCAAAGAUUGAAAUGAAAGAUGGAUUCAUCACACACAUAAAGUCCCACACCGAACUCCAAGAUACAGUGACUAGGAGAAAAGAAAAAUAUGCUCAAUUAGGAGCUACUCUACAGCCUCUCAUAAUUAUUGUUGGACCAAAUUGCAACAGCAUUUCGCAGUAUUUUGUUCUGGUAGAUGACACAUUUUAUGUUUUAAAUUCUAUUUUAUCUUCAGUAGAUUGUUGUUUCAAAAUAAUACAUGCGUUAAAUCUGCAGUAUCCUGUCGAAAGUUUACCAAUCUGGUCAUUCGUUCAAAAAGGUUUUUAUAAAAUUAAAACUCCUUGGGACACAGAGUAUGUGUGCGUAAAUUCCUUGUUAAGUGAUUUGGGAAUUUAAACAUUAAUU